CGCCCCUCCCCCUCCCCCACCAGGAAAGGGAAGCAAAAGCAGGAACCAUAUCCGAUACGACGUAGAUUCCUAAUCAGGUACCUUGGUAUGAUAGCGCUUAUCCCGCGGAAUCCUUGUACUUUAACAACUCACCUUCCCAUUCAAAUUCCUACGGCCCCCAAUAUUUCUGCACGCAGUCGUAGGCAAAGUUACAUCGAGUUCAAAAAGCGUCAUAUUUGAAAUCGGUAGUUGAUCAACACCGGUAAGGAUGAGAUAGCCCUGGCUAUCUGUAGUGUUAGGUACCUUAGGUAGGUAUUCAAGCACGUCACCUUACAGAAUAAUUGUUGUAUUAUCAGCAAGUGCUUACAUUAGGUACUUCCAUAUUAUAUGUACAUGUAUUAUCAAUAUGUAAACAAAAAAGAAAAAACGAGUGGGGCAGUCGGGUAUAUGUAAACAUGAAGUCGGUAUAAAACCGGUGAGCUGAGCCAUCAUCUCCCAUUCCUGCGAGUUCUCUGUGUUUUUUUUUCCCCCUCGCUCGUCCUCGUUUCUCCCUCGAGUUCAUCAACGACCAGGGAAAACUAUGCACGUUAUCAGGCGGGGGACUGCUACGGCAGCUCUGCAGCUCUUUUCUCUCUGUACCUCCCUCGCAUCAGCAAGCUCGCUGCCGAAUCAUAUUGAGAAGUUGAUCAAAAAGCAAGUACCUGCUGAGCCUUCCAACGUCACAACCAUCAAGUCUCCGGGAGGAGUCACAAUCCGUUACAAGGAACCAGAACUUGAAAGUGUAUGCGAGACAACUCCUGGAGUUAAUUCAUAUUCGGGUUACGUCGACCUCGAUGAGAAUACACACAUGUUUUUCUGGUUUUUCGAAGCCAGGUCAAAUCCCGAUGAAGCGCCUCUGACGUUGUGGCUUAACGGUGGACCUGGUAGCGAUUCGUUGAUUGGACUUUUUGAGGAACUCGGACCGUGUAAUGUCACUCAUAAUGGCACCUCGGUCGUGAAUCCAUAUGCUUGGAAUGAAGUGACCAAUCUUCUCUUCCUCUCCCAGCCCAUUGGAGUCGGGUUUUCGUACGCCGAUGCCGUUGUAGGUGUUGUGAAUCAAACCACGGGACUACCUGUGAACUCAUCCAAUCCCGAUGGUCGGUAUAGCGACGUCGACCCAUACCGGUUCGACACCACGGAUCUUGCUGCAAAGGGCACCUGGGAAGUUUUACAGGCCUUCAUCCAGAACCUGCCAGUCCUAGACGAGACCGUCAAGUCUCGCAGUUUCAACCUGUGGACGGAGAGCUACGGCGGCCAUUACGGUCCAGCCUUUUUCAAGUAUUUCUAUGAUCAGAACAAGUUGAUUCAGGAUGGGAGUAUUCCUGGUGUCGAACUCACCAUGCAUACGCUUGGCGUCAUAAAUGGUAUUAUAUCGGAGAGGAUCCAAGCACCUUAUUACGCCGAAAUGGCGUUUAAGAAUACGUAUGGGAUAGAGGCCGUGAACCAAUCCAUCUAUGACUAUAUGAAGACGAAUUACUAUUUCCCUGGUGGCUGCCGCGAUUCAAUCGACUUAUGCUUCGAACAAGACCGCUCUACACCAGAUGGCAAGGCCGCCUGCUCACAGGCAACGGCCAUUUGCAGGGGCUUGGUGGAAUCGCCGUAUUACGUGGUCAGCGGGCGAAAUCCUUAUGACAUCCGCGCCGAGAGCGAUGCAAGUAUCCCGCCCGGAUACUGGGCCGACUACCUUAAUACCCCGAAAGUCCAGAAUGCUAUUGGCGUCGAUAUCAAUUACACAUCUACAAGCAGCAACCAAAUAUACACAGGCUUCGAUUAUACCGGCGACUUUGUCUAUCCAAAUCUAUUGGAGGACCUCGAGGCUCUCCUUGCAUACGAUGUCCGCAUCGCAAUGAUAUACGGUGAUGCUGAUUAUAUAUGCAACUGGAUGGGUGGGGAAGCCGUGUCGUUGGCGGUAAACUAUACGCACAAGAAGGAGUUCAAAGAAGCAGGCUACGCCCCAUUUGUAGUUGAUGGCGUUGAAUAUGGAGAAAGUAGGCAGUACGGUAAUUUCAGCUUCACGCGGGUUUAUGACUCGGGGCAUGAAGUGCCAUACUAUCAGCCAAAGGCCUCUCUAGAGCUUUUCAGACGAGUACUAGGGAACCUUGUCAUCUCAGACGGAGCAAAACUGACGCCUACUUAUAAAAGUGAAGGCACAGCCAAUGCCACACAUACCAAUAGUUACAUAUCAUACUAUACAGGAAGGCCAGGAGAUUGGAAGAACUAAUGGAACAUAAUGAUGGAAUUGUAAUUUAGAUAUGCUCGUAGACUCGACGAGUUAGCCUAAAUAUACAGCAUUUCUUACUCCAACGUCGACUACGAAAACAUAGACGAAGAUGGAAGGAAUCGGAAAUCAAAAUCGAACAUAUGUACCUAGGUACCUACCUAUAUAUUACUAAAGAUGCUGUAGAAUGGAACAAUGAUGACUACCUA